AUGGAACUAAUAUCAAACUUUAAUAGAGCAAUUAAACACCUCCAGGGAUCUUAUAGCAACUAUAACACUAUCGAGAUGACUGCAGAUGGAUCUACUGCUACAGAAAUGACAAUGGAGUUUUACCGUAAGGCUCUGAAUUUCAAUGUUAUUGGACGCUAUGACCCAAAGAUUAAACAACUAUUAUUCCAUACACCUCAUGCUUCACUAUACAAAUGGGAAUUCGGUAAAGAUGAAUGGACCAAAUUGGAAUGCCAGGGUGUAUUAGCUAUCUACCUUCGAGACAUUUCCAAACCUGGUGAAAUGUUACCAGAUGCUGAGAAUCAAGACCAGAGUAUUACUGCAUUAGCAUCUCAAUCCAACGUUGAAGGUGGUGUAAGUGGACAUGUGUUAACGGGACGUGAUAUUUACAACUACGGGUUGAUUAUACUUAAUAGAAUAAAUCCUGAUAAUUUCUCUAUGGGGAUUGUGCCCAACAGCGUUGUUAAUAAAAGGAAAGUAUUUGAAGCACCUGAAAAUAUGCAAAAUCCUUUAGACUGUAUGGGGGUUGAAGUUAAAGAUGAAUUGGUUAUCAUUAAAAAUUUAAAACAUGAAGUGUAUGGUAUUUGGAUCCAUACGGCGGCUGAUAGGCAAAACAUUUACGAAUUGAUUAAAUACUUGUUGGAAAACGAUCCAAAGGAUUCGUUUGCCUAA